GUUGACAUUUGAGCAGGAAACAGAUGUGCCUCAAAAAUGGGCACAAGGUAACGCUCAAAGCAGGAGCUAUGAUGUUGAUGAAUGAUCACAAUGUUGGCAAGAUGGACAUAUCUGAGGGUAAAAGGCAGGGUGGACCACGUUUUAUACCUUUUAUUCCUAUUCCUUAUGCUACAGAUGUCAGUGACUGAGCGGUUUGAAGUCAUUCCCACUGAAGCAACAAUCAUGGCAACUGUUGGCAAAAGGGCUGCGUUGUCCUUUAACCUUACCCCUGAGCUCAGUGCUGAAAACAUGGAGAUUGGUAUUUUCAGACCUGGGUCUUCAUUCUUUGUCCAUCUCUAUCGCGGCGGAAGGGAUGAAAAUGAUGGGCAAAUACAGGAGUAUCAAGGAAGAACAGAACUCCUAAAGCAUGAUAUAAUGAAGGGGAAAGUCAUCUUAAUUAUCCAUGAUAUCAUUCCAACUGAUGAUGGACCUUAUCGCUGUUACUUUCAGUCUGAAAGCUACCAUGAUGAAACAGAUGUAAAUAUCAUAGUAACAGCCGUUGGCUCUGACCCUCUUCUUUGGGUUGAAGAUUAUUUUAAUGAUGGAAUCAAAGCCAUUUGUGAAUCUGAUGGUUGGUAUCCUCGGCCUGAGGUGAUGUGGAGAGACAGCAAUGGAAACCCUCUGCAGCCUUUACAAGAGGAAUCUCGGUUAAAUUCAAAAGGACUUUUUAAUGUUCAGACAUCUAUAACUGUCUAUUCCAACACCACUGUGUUUUGCAGUAUUAGGAAUGCCUUACUAAAUGAAGGACGAGCACCAUCUCUUCAGAUCUCAGAUACAUUAUAUGAAAGAGUGAAUCGGUACGGAGUAUCUCGAGCGAUUAUCAUUAUUUCAUUCCUUGUGAGCUUUGGGGCUGUACUCAUCAGCAUCCUGAUUUUAGUAGAAAGAAAAAUGCGCCAAACGAAAGUGAAGCAAAAAGCCAAAAAGGAAACAUUGAUUAAGGAAUAUGGUGAGUCCCAUACCUUUAAUGAAAUGCAGAAAACGUUUGAUAUUUUGAAACAAUUUUUACAAGUCACUAAAGAGAAUAUAACAUUGGAUCCAGAAAGUGCUCAUCCAUUUCUCAAUGUUUCUGGAGAUGGAAAAACAGUGGAAAAUGUAUCCAAAGAACAAGAUGUAGCUGAUAAUGACAACCGAUUUGAUUUCUGUCGUGGUGUUCUCAGCACUCAGUCAUACCAGAGCGGGAAACAUCGCAUUGAUGUUGAGGCUGAGAGUGAAAUAUGUUCCGUUGGCAUUGCCAAAAAAUCAGCAACAAGGAAAGGGGUUAUCCAUUUAGAUGCAGACAAUGGGGUGUAUGCAAUAAGACUUUGGGAAAACCAUAAACUAAAAGUUUCUUCUCAAAAGGAAACCAGUCCCAUCAUUCUUAAAAUAUUUUUAGACUGCAGUAUAGGACACCUGGCAAUUGUUUCACUGGAUUCACUGGAGAGAGCUGAUAUAGAAUAUAAUCCUGACGAGGAGGUUUUUUUCUUUUUUGAAGUCUUCAGAGAUGGGAUAAUAAAAAUUCUUAGCUGAAGAGCGGUUGAUCUUAGUAAUGGACUAUAUUCUGCACUGAGGAAUGCUCUCCAGAAGAAAGAAAUGGAAGACCAGUAGAAUGAAUUCUGCACUGCCACCAGUUCUCUCAAAACAAUAACAAAAAAAUACAGGCAGGUUAUUGGCUGCUGAUAAAGUUGACCCCAGUGUGGAUGAACUGGGAUUGAUGUGAAUGAUGUAUAAUCUCUGUUAAGUGAUGCAGAAUAUGUCAGCACUUUGUAAAUAGAAGAUAAUAAUUACUUUGGAAAAUAGCGCUGGUCCUGCUAACAGGGCACACAUUGCAUAAGCCAUGGAUUCCGUUAAUUUUAAUUUUAGAACAAAAAUAUGUUAAAAUAUUGCCAUGGACAGUUGUAUAUUUGUAUGUUUAUAUUCCAAAGAAAAUAUUAAAGAGCCAUUGACCCC